UAUCACACAAGACACACCCGUGAUGAUAAUAGAUAGUACUCCCUCUCUUGAGAUAGUACACCCGUGAUCAACCCCUCCAGGUAAUUGCUCGCCAACAUUCAAUAGCCUAAAUCCACACAAUCCGCACCUUACCAGACAUCCCACCCUUCGGCUAGCUAGCUAGAUUGAUAGUAGUCAGUAGACAACCAACACAAGCUUGCCAGAAAAAAAGAUUUAAUCUUUGGUUUGAGUUUUCAGUUCCACCUCGAUGCCCAGCCUGUCCAUAAAUCCUCCUGAGACUCGCCUGUGAUUAUCCUGUAACAGUACGCACUGAGAAUCUGCCCCGGCUCUCCCAUCUCCAGAUUAGUUUAUCAGAGUAUAUGAAAGAUCUUACGUAUCUAGAGAAGGAAAGAAAGAUACAUCCCAAUCGUCACUUUAUGCAUUUAUGAAGGCAUCAUCAGUUAGCAAUGGAAAUGACUCAAAUGAGAUGCUUAGGGGUGUUUCAGGUGGACAAAGGAAGAGAGUUGCAACAGUGCUCAUAGGCUCAUAGCAGGAGAGAUGAUUGUUGGGCCAAGAAAGACUCUGUUUAUGGAUGAAAUAUCUACUGGAGUCGACAGCUCCACUACAUACCAUGUUGUGAAGUGCAUAAGGAAUUUUGUUCAUCUAAUGGAAGGAACCGUCUUAAUGGCUCUUCUUCAGCCUGCCCCAGAGACAUUUGAUAUGUUUGAUGAUCUGGUUUUGCUUUCCGAAGGAUAUGUAGUGUACCAUGGUCCACGAGAUAGUGUUGUUGAGUUCUUUGAGUCAUUAGGUUUUAAACUACCACCUCGUAAGGGGAUCACAGAUUUUCUUCAACAGGUGACUUCAAGGAAAGACCAGGCUGAUCAUUCAAAACCAUAUGUUUUUAUUCCAGUUUCAAAAAUUGCUGAAGAAUUUAGAAAUUCCAGAUAUGGUCAGGCCUUGGAGAGUCUUAUCUGUCAGGUCCUUAUGAAGGAACUGGUGCCCAUCAUUCAGCUCUCUGUGCUAAAAGGUUUGCAGUUUCUAACUGGGAGAUCUUCAAAGCAUGUUUUUCCAGAGAACUGCUUCUCAUUAAAAGACACAGAUUUCUUUACACUUUCAGAACAUGCCAGGUUGCAUUUGUGGGAUUUGUGACUUGCACAAUGUUCUUAAGAACCCGGUUACACCCCACUGAUUUGGUCAACGCAAAUCUGUACCUCUCUUGCCUGUUUUUUGGUCUGGUGCAUAUGAUGUUCAAUGACUUUCCUGAGAUGCCUAUUACAAUUUUCCGAUUACCAGUGUCCUAUAAGCAAAGAGAUAAUCUUUUAUAUCCUGCCUGGGCCUGGUCUAUCUCUUGUUGGCUUACACGCAUACCUUACUCAGUAAUUGAAGCAGUUAUACGGUCUUGUGUUGUAUACUAUACUGUAGGAUUUGCUCCUGGUGCGGGAAGGUUUUUCCGCUAUAUGUUCGUCCUUUUUUCCAUACAUCAGAUGGCAUUGGGCCUCUAGCUAUAUUCUUAUUGGGUGGUUUUAUAAUCCCUAGAGAUAUGAUAAAGGGAUGGUGGGUUUGGGCUUUUUGGGUAUCACCAUUAUCCUACGGGCAACGAGCAAUAUCUGUCAAUGAGUUCACGGCAACAAGAUGGAAUGAGAGGACUACUUUAGGAAAUAUUGCUCUUGGAAACAGCCUUUUGCAAUCACACAGCUUACCUGCAGGUGGCUAUUGGUAUUGGCUGGGAGUUGGUGUUCUACUGCUCUAUGCCUUGUUUUUCAACAUCAUAGUGACACUGGCAUUGACGUUUCUUAACCCGAUCAGAACAUCUCAGGCAUUCGUAGAAGAAAAUUCAGCUAGAAAGGAUGCGGAAAACAGGGCGAACAUACAAGAGAUAGACCAGGCCCAGGCAGGAAAUGUAGUGUACCAUGUAGUGUACAACAAUAACUAUUAUUAUUAUUAUUUUAAAAGGAAAUAUAAAACAAAUAACCUGCUGAAGAAAAUUUGCUAUACCCUUACGAGGUGGAAGUCUAAAAACCUAAUGACUCAAAGAACUCAACAACACUAUCUCGUGGACCAUGGUACACUACAUAUCCUUCGGAAAGCAAAACCAGAUCAUCAAACAUAUCAAAUGUCUCUGGGGCAGGCUGAAGAAGAGCCAUUAAGACGGUUCCUUCCAUUAGAUGAACAAAAUUCCUUAUGCACUUCACAACAUGGUAUGUAGUGGAGCUGUCGACUCCAGUAGAUAUUUCAUCCAUAAACAGAGUCUUUCUUGGCCCAACAAUCAUCUCUCCUACAUUGACAUGGCCCAACAAUCAUCCAUAAACUGAGGUGAUAAGUACGUCAACGUGUAGUGGCGAUUGUGAUGUAUAUUUCUUUCCUUCUCUAGUAUUUCAUUCUUCUCAUACUUCGUUGUAAAAAAGCGCAUGGAGAACUCUUUAUUCUCAAGUCAGAGACAUGUAUUGUUUGUCAAAGUAUAUCAAUUGUCCAUUUAUACGAAUGUGUAUAGUAGUAAGGGAUACAAUUACUUAAAAAAAGAAUAAAAUAUAGACAAAGUGCAGUAUAUUGUGAAAUGGAGAAGAUUUAAAGUAGAUAUAA